CCGAAAAAACAACCUCACCGAAACAUUUCCUUUCUUUUCUUUCUAUUCUAUGCCUCUGUUUCCUCUCUCUCUCUCUACCAUUAAAAUAAACUCUCUCUCUCUCUCUCUCUCUCUCUCUGCUCGAUCAUCGCCUCGUUCUUAGUUCCGCUUUUCAGCCCUAAUUCCAUACCCGGCUGGGUUUUCCAGAUCCCUGUAGCCAAACGCGUCGAACUUUCUCUGCUCCUUUUUCCCGGGAAAAUUAUUUUUUCUUGAUAUUCCCGUCCAAAUUUUCUCGGGAAAAAAACUUUAGGUUAUUUUUAAUUUUUUUAUAUUUAGGAUUAGGGAAAAUACGAUAUGAGCUUUCAGGAUCUGGAAGCCGGGCGAUCCUUAGGUUCUUCGAGGCGAGACCUCAUCAAUGGCAAACAGGACCCAACCCAAGCCGUGGCUUCUGGUAUAUUCCAGAUCAACACCGCCGUGUCUACGUUCCAGAGACUCGUCAACACCCUUGGUACUCCAAAGGAUACCCCAGAGCUUCGUGAGAAGCUACACAAGACAAGGUUACAUAUUGGGCAAUUGGUGAAGGAUACUUCUGAGAAGCUUAAACAAGCAAGUGAUAGAGAUCAUCAUGCUGAAGUCAAUCCUAACAAGAAGAUUGCAGAUGCUAAACUUGCAAAAGAUUUUCAAGCAGUUCUGAAAGAAUUUCAAAAGGCUCAGCGACUUGCAGCUGAGAGGGAAACAGCAUACACUACGUUUGUUCCCCAAGCAGUUCUUCCUUCCAGCUAUACUUCCAGCGAGCUAGACCUAAGCUCAGAUAAGAGCUCAGAACAGCGUGCCCUUCUUGUGGAAUCAAGGAGACAGGAGGUCUUGUUGUUAGAUAAUGAAAUUGCCUUCAAUGAGGCUAUAAUUGAUGAAAGAGAUCAGGGAAUACAAGAAAUUCAACAGCAAAUUGGGGAAGUGAACGAAAUUUUUAAAGAUCUUGCUGUGCUGGUCCAUGAGCAAGGAGCUAUGAUUGAUGAUAUUGGAUCCAAUAUCGAGGGUGCCCAGGCUGCAACUGCACAGGGGAAGUCCCAACUUGUGAAGGCUUCAAAGACCCAGAGAUCCAAUUCAUCACUGACCUGCUUGCUAUUGGUGAUUUUUGGAAUUAUUCUUCUAAUUGUAAUUAUAGUACUUGCGGCAUGACGUUGUCUGAAUUCAACUACGGAGCAAACUCAAAAUCUGCUCCGACACAAAAAAACCGUGGUUUUGCUAAUCUGUUUGAUGCGUUGUCUCAUGGAGCAUGCUUGACAAGAGUGUCACUGCUGGGCCAAGUUUGUAUACUAUGUAAGAUGGUUGCUUUGCUUGGGUGGGGUGGCUGUUGCUUUACGUUAAAGUUGGUCUUCUUGCCUUCUUUGGAAUUUCGGAUUUUGGAGGGUUUGUUAUUGGCGUGUUAUGUAAUUUGUCUCUUUACUUUUGUUUAAGUAAUAUUCAUAAUUCUUUGGGCUUUUCAUAUUAUAUAAAUGCAAUAUUUAUUUGCAAUGUCAUAA